ACGAAAAAAACAAUAGGAGGAUAGUAGUUUGUAUGGUGUGCGUGUUUGACAGGAGAUGAUUGGCAAAGUUUAGAAAGUAGUAAUGAUUAGGAAUUUGAAAUUUGUAUAUCCAAUAGCAGUACAGUUCAAAAAAGGAGGGUCAAGUUGAAAUCUGAAAGGCGGAGAGAGGGAGAGCGAGCGAGCGAGCUGGGUGCUUCGUGCCUCUCUCUUCAUUCCUCAUUCAAAAAUAAAAUUAAAAUUACACCACCUAAAACCCUAGUUUUUUUCUCCAUCAAUUUCCCCCCCAAAAAUUGUUGUUUGAUUUGGGGGGAAACAAACAAGGGAUGAUGAGUAGUAGCAGGAGAGAAGAAGAGAGGAACGAGAAGAUAAUAAGAGGCCUUCUCAAGCUCCCUCCUAAUCGCAAAUGCAUCAACUGCAAUAGCUUGGGUCCGCAGUAUGUGUGCACAAACUUUUGGACUUUUGUCUGCAUGACAUGCAGCGGAAUACAUCGUGAGUUUACUCACCGUGUGAAGUCAGUUUCCAUGGCUAAGUUUACUUCCCAAGAAGUGGAAGCUCUUCAAAAGGGUGGUAAUCAGCGGGCCAGAGAGAUAUAUUUAAAAAGUUGGGACCCACAAAGUCAGUGGCUUCCUAAUAACAGCAAUGUUGAUAAAGUAAGGGAAUUUAUAAAGACCGUCUAUGUUGAUAAAAGAUAUGCUGCAGCGGAGUCCUCUGACAGACCUCCUAGAGAUACUCAGAACUUGAGAAACCUCGACGAUGAUAUGAGAAGAGCAAGUUCUUAUCAUUCCUAUUCUCAAAGUCCACCAUAUGACUUUCAGUAUGAAGAACGGCGUUAUGGUAAACAUGCGCCAGUACUCUCUAGAAGGCCAGGAUCAGAUCGAGGACUUUAUGAAGGAAAGGUGUCGAGUUUCUUGAGUCCUAGUCGUUUAAGUGAUCAUAUGUAUGAGGAUAGGCUUGCUAAUGAAGGAUCUAAUCCCAGAGCUUCAGAUUACUCUGUGUCUAGUGGAGGUGAUCCAUUCAGGCCUGAAGCACAGUCUCCCAACUUUCAGAGAGGCAUCGGAAGUCCCUUAAGUGACACCUCAAGGGAUAUUUCAUACGAAGAUGCACGGCAUGCCAAGAAAGAUGCUGGAAGAAUAUUACGAGCACAGAGAACUGCAUCUUCCGGAAGUUUUGAAUCGUUUGACAGCAACUCCUUGUCAUUCAAGUCUGUAAAUUCUUUUGGUUUAGCGGAUGUUACUUCAGAAUCAAAGCAAACAAUUGAGGCCCGCUCCAGUAAAUUGUCAACUUUCCCCUCUUCGCCACGAUCAUCGGGACCUGGAAAUUCAAAUGCCCCGGAUCUAUUCAAUGCUUCCGCAGUUCCUCAAAAUGCUCCGCCUACAGUUUCAACAAAGUCGCACUUUCCAGUGUCAUUAUCAAAUGGCUCUAUAGAUUUAUUUCAGCCAUCUAUUUCUACUGGUCCAAUUGGUAAUGUAAAUCAACCGUCGCUCACUCUCCCGCCUUCAUCGUUGGACUUAUUCUCAGAGGUGCCAAACCUGCCAUCAGUAGCAAGUACUAAUGAAAAACCAUCAUGUGAAGUCACUUCCAAAAAUGAAGGAUGGGCAACAUUUGAUAUGCCACAGCAUGCAGCAACAACAGGCAUCGAACAGUUCACCCUGGCACCGGCACAUGCUUAUGGUCAUAAUUCUCCUGACUUCUUCCCUGAAAAAACACACCAACAACCGGUUGUAACAUCCAGUGAGAAGUCACUGGAUGUGGUUCCAGAGAGAAAUGAUAGAUGGGCCACAUUUGAUGUGCCUCAGCAUGUGACACUCACUGGCAGUAAUAACUUUACCUCCAACAACAUUCAAUUAAAGGGUGAUUCUCAAUCAAAUUUGGACACACCUUUCUCUUUCAUGCAAUGGUCAUCACCGGCAGAAUCUGAUCCUCAUGGACCAACCAUUAGAGACUCUACUGCUUGCACUUUAAAUUUAUCAAUGCCUGCUCCAUUUCAUGGAGGUGUCCAGAAUGUUGAAGCAACUCUAAGUGCAAGAAGUACUGAUUUGUGGAGUGCCUUUGAUAUUUCUACUGACCACUUAGCUCUCAAGAGUGUGGCUAGUAGUAAGGAACCAGUUGUAAUGAGCCAUGAUCCAGUUGAUGAUCAGUACAUGGACUUAAGAGGUGUAGAGAAUGUAGCUACCGGUCAAAGUCAAAGAGCUGUGUUGGAUAGUGGAUAUCCUAUUACUACUUUGCCAUCAUAUGGCAUUGCCUCAUCCUCUGGAUUGUCCAAUCUUCCUGUAGCGACAGGAGUGCAUUCACAUGCAAAUGAGCAGAAGUCCAGCAACCCAUUUGAUCUUCCUUACGAUGUUGACAUGGAAUGCAGCAAUAUGCCUCAGUACUGGGACAUGAGCUCAUUACAACAUGCUUUGCCAAAUGAUGAGAUGCCAACGUCCUUUAUUGGUGGUGUGACCGAAUCUUGGUUUCCCCAGAACCCAGCAACAACCUAUGUUCCUGCUGGACAGCAAGGGACAUUAUUCGUUUCCCCACAACCAGCUGGCAAUCAAAUAUCGAAUGUGUCGACACAUGGGCAAGUUGCUCCUAUUGGAGGAAAUCCAUUUGCAUAGGAUUGUAUUCAUGUAAUAUUCACAGCUAGUUGUUGCAUCAGCUAGGUUAUUCUUUCAACUUUUAGAUUCCUAUGUAUUUCAUGGUAUUGCCAUGUUUGUAUUGUUUAAAAAAAAUGAGACAACUAGGCCUGUAGGCAGUGCUUCUUUCUUGUUGAGGCCUGCAGUGUUCUGAUAAACUAAAGCUGACGUGAUCUGGCUGAAAUGUUCUGAGAGUGUCUUUGUUGGGGCUACUUUGGUGAAAGAUGAGCAGUAAAUUAUUCAGUUUGUGCUA